AUAUAUAUAAUACAACAAUAUACUUUGUGUGUCUGUCUGUGUGUGUGCGCACAUUAUUGUACAUGGCUUUGCAUUCACUUUUUCUAAUCAGGUAGUUUACCAUAUGAUUUGCAGCAACAUAUCCAAAUAUUAAAGUGGGAAUGAUUGUGGUCUAGAAUUAUGUAUGGGUGUGCUAGUAUCUCUAAUUAUAUAUUUAUAUGACUUUUUUAACAGAUGUCAAUGCUGAUGGGUUUCUGGAUGAACAGGAAUUAGAAGCUUUAUUUACUAAGGAGUUAGAGAAAGUCUAUGACCCCCAAAAUGAAGAGGAUGAUAUGGUUGAAAUGGAAGAAGAGAGGCUACGAAUGAGAGAGCAUGUCAUGAAUGAGGUUGAUGUCAACAAAGACCGGUUAGUCACCAUGGAAGAAUUCAUGAGAGCUACACAGAAAAAAGAGUUUUUGGAGCCAGAAAGCUGGGAGACUCUGGACCAGCAGCAGGUCUUCACUGAAGAAGAACUGAAGGAAUUUGAAAGUCACAUUUUCCAGCAAGAAGACGAAUUGCAAAAGCAGGCAUUGGAACUUCAGAAAAAGAGGGAAGAACUACAGAGGCAACAGGACUUCCUUCAGACUCAGAAACAAGAACUUGAAAUGGCUGUUAAACAAAUGGAACAUAAGAAGUUACAGCAAGGACAUCCCCCUUCAGGUCCAGAUGGAGAACUGAAAUUUCAACCAGCUGCAUCACAAUUAGAUGGAAAUGUGCAAAAUCAUCCAGUGGGCGGCAAUCAGCCUUUGGUGCCAGGAAAUGUACCAGUGCAAGAAGCAGCUGCUAGAUCAGAUCAUGUCCAGUCUCAUCCUUAACCACUUGUGCCUCGGUUUAUACAUAUUUUGGGGGUGGGUGGGGGGGGUGAAAUAAUCAGACUAAAAAGAAAUGUGAAAAGAAGUAUAAUGUUAAGUUUCAUUUCACAUGUGGAAUUCAUAUAGGAUUAAAAUCCCAAUUCAGUGUGUAGAUCUUCAAAAGCACAAAUGAUAUAAUACAGGAUCUUAAAGUUGUGGAUAUUCUAGUUUUAUCAUUACGCAUAGGUAGACAACAGGAUAUCCAACUUUUUUCCUGCAGAAUAUUCUUUUUUUUAUCUCAGGUAUAAUUUAGCUUCCUUUCCUUUGUGCUUUUGAAAAUCUUUCCCCUGUUUCACCAUUAAAUUAUUUACAGAGAUAUUGUCAAUAAGAAAGUUAAGAUGAGUAAACCCCUUAAAUUUCUCGAUGUUCUCCUUUGCUAAUGGGUUUGAAGUUGGACAAGUUUAUUGCUCGUCUGAACAAAAGAUAAGACCUCCACCUCCAUUUUAGUUCAUGAUGGUAUGUUCCUAAAAGUGCCAACAACUUAGAGCUGUAAUUUUAUGGCUAUGGAUGAAUGAGUUGUAACAAUUCCUUUGGUUUUCAAGAUCCAUUGAAAAGAAACAUCUGUGAUCCAAUUUCAAAAAAUUCUACUUUUUAAAAGAAGUGUAAUUGCAGCACGGAGCCAUGGGAAACAGUGAAUGUAUUUUCUGUUUUAUAAAAAGCCUAUGAAUACCAAUGUGACAAUUCUUCACACUGAAAUAUUGUGCAUUUAAGUGCAUUGAUUUAGCCAUCUUUAUUGUUACUAACUAAAUGCAAUUCAUCGCUGCAUUUUGGCUGCAAAGAGGAUACUUUUCUUCUCCCUUUUGUAACAUGCCAGUUGCAUUUCUCUCUCUAUGAAGCAUGAAAGAAAAGCUCUUUAGAUGGCAGAAAUAUUUUUAGAAUUAACAAAGACCUUGCAUUGCCUUUUCCGUCUUCAUAAAAGAGUGAUUUCAAAACAAUCACUGCGUUUCAAAUGACGUUUAUCAGAAACUGUAUUUUGAAUUUUAUUGAAAUACUUAAUUACAUUAUUAGACAGGACUACAAAGGCAAAAGGCAUGCAUAUAAACACUCUCCAUCAUUUUAACACAAAUAGAAAUGUCCAGAACCUUACAGGUGAAAUCCAAUUCCUUCCUUCAACUGGUAAAUGCGUCCUCUCCUCCAUUAUGUUAAUUUUGAUUUUGAUGCAAGUACUGUUGAUGUAAAUAGAAAUGUUUGCUGGUCUAAAUUCUCAAUUCGUAAUAACACUUAAAAUCCAAAUUUUCUAAGGAUAACAUUUCUU